CGCAAGCGCUCGGGAUCGUGUGGGAAUGGUCGGUCCGCGAACUGGGGGUUGGACCGCUCCGAGCGAAACAGAGCAAAAGAGUUUUAAAUGUCCGCCAUGUUGUCCAUGGCGCACUGAACCAACGAUAGGGAGCGGAGCGUCGGAAAAAAACAGUCCGAGAGCGAGCGACCAAGAUCCGGGCCUUCCCCCGGCUCCGUUGGCGACGCCCUAAAUACAAGCUACAACCAUUCGAACGUUAGAAUAGAGAUAACCGCACAGAAACAUCCAUGAAAGCUCCACUCGGUACCGUUUUGAAUAUUAGGAGAUCCGAUAGAUUUAUAUUGCAUCUCGAAUUGUGAAAAAUGAGUAAAUUGUCGUUUCGGGCACGGGCGCUGGACGCUUCCAAGCCACUACCCGUCUUCCGUUGUGAGGAUUUACCCGAUCUACACGAAUAUGCAUCCAUUAACCGGGCCGUGCCACAGAUGCCUACGGGGAUGGAGAAAGAAGAGGAAUCGGAACACCAUCUCCAGCGGGCCAUCUCUGCGCAGCAGGUAUAUGGCGAGAAGCGGGACAACAUGGUCAUCCCGGUCCCCGAGGCAGAGAGCAACAUCACCUACUACGAAUCCCUCUACCCUGGGGACUAUAAGAUGCCAAAGCAGCUAAUUCACAUACAGCCUUUCAGCUUGGACACAGAGCAGCCCGACUACGACCUGGACUCGGAAGAUGACGCGUUUGUCAACAAGCUGAAAAAGAAGAUGGAGAUCAGCUUCCUGCAGUUUGAGGAGAUGAUUGACCGGUUGGAGAAAGGCAGUGGACAGCAGCUUGUGAGCCUUCCGGAGGCCAAACUGCUGUUGAAGGAGGACGAUGAGCUCAUCAAGGAGGUCUUUGACUACUGGAGCCGCAAGAGGAAAAACAGCAGGGCCAACUGUCUCCUCCACAACGUCAAGCAGGAGAAACGGGACGGCUCCAGCACCAGUGACCCCUAUGUGGCCUUCCGACGGCGCACCGAGAAGAUGCAAACCAGGAAGAACCGUAAGAAUGACGAGGCGUCCUACGAGAAGAUGCUGAAGCUACGCAGGGAUCUCAGCCGAGCCGUCACCAUCCUGGAAAUGAUCAAAAGGAGGGAGAAGAGCAAGAGGGAGCUGCUGCAUCUCACACUGGAGAUCUUUGAGAAGAGAAACGUCAUGUCAGACUACGGUGGUGAGGUGAUGGCAGAGGUGUUGGCUGAACGAGCACUGGUGAGGCCGCAGAUCAUUCCCCUGGUCCCUGUCACCAACCAGUACCGACACCAGGACCACAUGGACCUCAAGGACUAUAAGUCUAAGCCCGAGAAGACGGAAGUUCCCCGACAGAAGAGGAGGUAUGAGAAGAAGCAGAAGGUGUUGCCUCUCUCGUCGGGCGCCCCACACCACGCGGGUCCUGUCAUCUUCAAUGCCAAGGACCUCAACCAAUACGACUUCCCCAGCUCGGACGACGAGCCCUUCUCCCAGCUGCACUCAGGCUCAUCAGAAGCAGAGGAGGAGAACGACCCAGAUGGUGCCUACGCCUUUCGCAGGAAGGCAGGCUGCCAGUACUACGCUGCUCGUCAGGACCGCGUGGGUAGCUGGCCAUGGUGUGGACCCUGGGAUGGCGGUUUGGCAGAAGCUCGCUUUCGCUACAGUCUCACCACGCUCACCGUGCCACGGCGCUGCCUUGGCAUGGCUCGACGACGCGUGGGACGAGGCGGCAGGGUGUUGCUGGACAGGGCGCACACGGACUAUGACAACGUUUUCCACGGACUGGAUCCAGAGACGCUCGACCUGCCUCUUCCUCCUUCUCCUCCUCCUCCUCCUCCUACAACUACUUCACGCUCGCCGACCACCGACAAGUUUGCCAGUACCUCAGAAACAAAUACCUCGGACAGAAGUUCCUCCUCCUUCAAAUCCUCUCUUUCCUCCCCCUCUCCCACGGACCUCAGUCAGAUACUGUUGAAUAUAAAGUCGUGCCGAUGGAGGCACUUUAGACCGCGGACACUACCACUACAUGAGCUGGACAAUGCCCACCCGCUAUUCAGGAAGUUGAGUCGAGGCCUGAAGCGCCCAAUCUCUGCCUCCGCACCCGGGGGACAGCCCUAUGGCUCUCAACGCCCAGGGAGAGUUGUCCCUACACCCGCACCCAUUGCUGCUUUCACAGCCGAACAGUACCAGCAGCAUCAGGAAGAGCUGGCCCUGAUGCAGAAACAGCAGCUGGAGCAGGUCCAGCUGCAACAGCAAGCCAACAGCACCGCCACUACAAACAGCACAAAGGGCCUGCCAAACACUUUGGACCAGGCCAGCGCUCAGUUCGCCGCCUCGGCCGUAGUCACCGCCGACCAACUGCUGGCUCUCAAAACCAAGGAGGAGCUAGCCCUGGGAGGCGGAGUCAAUGGCGUCCUCUCCCCCUCAGGUGUCUACAAGGGCUUGCACCUCUCGAGCACAGCGUCCCCUUCCCCCGCCACCCCGGCUCCUCCCACCUCUACCCCGACACCCGCCUUGCUCCACCCCUGCACCACCACCAGCUCCACCUCCGCCACCAGUAACAACAACGGCACCGCCCACCCUGCCAACACCACUACCACUAACACCGCCGCCACUCAGGUCCUGCUGGGAAACAACAACAACAGCCUCCGUCUGGGUGUUCCCACCGGCAAGCGCGUCCACGCGCCGCGGACGCUGAGCGCCACCAUGUCGACAUCCGCCUUAAAGCUCGCCCACGCAGCCGCCGCAACCGCCAACUGUCAGAAACCCAAGGUCACUACGGCCUCAGCCUCGCCGCUGGACAUAGUGCCCAGGGAGAAUCACGAACAAGACAAGCCAGCACUGAACAGUCUAUCAGAGAACACAGUGGCCAUGGAGGUUACGUAGCCUCCCGUCCACAGCACGGGGGAAGCGUAACUCCUUUGUUGUUGUUUUUUAGGUGCUAUGCAUCGUUUGUCAGUGGUGAAAGCAAAGCGGUGGCGGAAUGAGCACGGCAAGGCUGGGUUUCCAUGGCAACUGUUUUGGGACUUAAUUGCAAUGCUCGUCUCGUACAAAUUGUUUUUUUUUCUCUCUCUCCCCCCAUUUCCCUAUUUGUUACUGUUAAUAAGAGAUCGUCUGUAAAUUCUUAAUAUGGCAAUUAUAUGUACAGUACUGCAUAUUUGUAAUACCACCCUCCCCCUCCACCCCCCCGUUCUUGUAUAUAACAUUACUUGAAUACAGAAUUGUUCAUUUGUGAUGUUUUGCACUCGAGAUAUAAAAAAAAAAAAAGAAAAUCAAAAUUAAAAAGAGAAAACGACAAACUGCAACUGGUGCGAGUAUGAGGUGUGAAAGUUGUACCACAGAAAAAUGUAUGUCAUCACAUGCAUGGUGCGGAACCUGCUGUUUGAUCUAUUUAUUGUGCCGUGUUUACAAAGGUUUUUUUUUUUUCUUUUUUUUUCUCCGUUCAUUUUUUUAUUUUUAUUUUUUAAACCCCUUUUCGUUCUUUUUUUAUACACUGUACCCCGUCACUGGUUCCCCCCACCCCCACCCCCCCGUGCUGUAGUCAGUGUUUAGCUAGAUUAAAAAACUCUCUGUAUUCUUUUUGGAUGUUGUGAACAUGGCCGGGAGCUCGCCCGUUUUUGUUGGGCGUGCUUCCACAAUGUUCCCGUGUGUCAUGUUAAAUCCAUGGAGACAUGUGUUCAUACAGAUUCAGGCGCAGGGCGGUAGAAGAAGACGACAGGUGUGAAUUUGUUUGUUGUCGGCAUCAGUUUGUCAGUGGGUUAAUCAGUUUCCACAGAGCUCUUCCAUACAUAUAAUAUUCCUGAGACAAGUAACAAAACAAUGGGGAUGAUGACGUUUUCCCAGAAGACUUUGCUGCUUCUGACUUAUCUAAGCACUAUAUAAUUUGUUUAUCAAUUGAUGCUGCUUUUGUAUGAUUUCCGCCUCUGGUUUACACCGGAUGGCUUUAUUUACUUUUUGUUUUCUCUAAAAGAUAAUCCCCAACCUCCCCCUAUCAUUUUUUAAAAUAAAUAUUUUUAUACCUCCCCACUUUUUUUAUUUUCCUCACAAAAACUUCAUUCUUUUGUUACUUGUUGAUCUAAACAAAAUACUAUAAGGGAGUUAAAAAAAAUGCAGUAACUGACAUUUAUUAUCAUUCCAGCUUCGACAUAAAAAGGAGGAAACCAUGUAUUAAUUGAAAAAAAAAAAAAAAAAAAAAAGUUUUCUCUACUUUUAAAAACUCUCCAGAAGGCUGAAAGGCCAUGAACCACAAGUUAUCGGGUGCCUUCAUUUGGGAAAAAAAGAAGAAGAAAAAAAACCUUAAAAAAAAUCGCUCUCUUCUGUGAAGAGUUUGGUACUGAACAAGGCUACUUGUAGUUUUUCUUUGUCUGUACCACAAUCCCAAUGCCCAUUCCAAUGGCCCAGUUGAUUCAUGAGUUUUUGUUUUGUUUUUGUAGACCCUUCCACCACACACACACAAACACACACACACACACACACACACACACACACACACACAUACAUACACGGGAAAGACUAAGAAUCCUCUUGAAUUGUCACAAAAUGAAAUAAAAAUCCAGGGCAU